AUGGCAUUGCUGCAGCUCCUUGUCCUCCUGCUGGCCCUGGCCAUGCCUGCGAGCAGCACCUGGGACAUCUGUGGAGAGACCUGCGGGCUCCGGCCCAUGGCUGUGGACUCCAGCUCCCUGGGUUCUGCCACCGGCAGAGCACGUGUUGUGGGUGGCACAGGUGUCCAGCCAGGGGCCUGGCCUGGGAUCGCCAGCAUCCAGGUCACCUUGAAGAAUGGUACAUGGCACAUCUGUGCAGGAUCACUCAUCCACCCCCGGUGGGUGCUCACGGCUGCCUACUGCUUCAGCAUAUCCGGAGAUAUCAUCAACUGGGAUGUGGUGAUUGGGGCCACCGACCUGGCCCAUCUGGGCCCUGAGGCUCAGGUGCGCCGGAUCCAGAGGCUCCUGGUACAUCCACACUACGUGGCUGCCACGGGGAGCAACAACAUCGCCUUGGUGGAGCUGGACCAGCCUGUAGAGUGCAGUGAAUACAUCCAGCUGGGCUGUGUGCCUGACGCCUCAGUGAGCGUGAUGGAGCUCAGACAGUGCUACAUCGCAGGCUGGAGAGUCGCCUCGGCCAGAGCUCAGCGCCCAGGGCUGGUGCUGCAGGAGGCCAAGGUGCGUCUUCUGGAUGUGCAGCUCUGCAACAGCAGCUAUGGCAAUGGGUAUGCAGGGCCCGUCCCCCCCCACAGCCUGUGUGCUGGGUACCCGCGGGGCGGCGCCGACACCUGCCAGGGUGACAGCGGGGCCCCCCUCGUCUGUAAGGACAGCACAGAUGACUCCUUCUGGCUCGUGGGAAUUGCCAGCUGGGGAAAGGACUGUUCUGGAGUCAAACGGCCUGGGAUCUACACCUCCACCCAGCCCUACCAGGAAUGGAUCCUGGAACGGAUUGCAUUGCUCCCAGCAGAAACAUCUGCUCCAAGCCCAGUGCCAAGCUACACCUGGACAAAUCAGGAGGAGCCAGUCGCAAUGCAACCAGUAGGCUUUACAGCCCAGUCAUUCACAAACAACUUCCUGGUGAAAGUCUUUGAGCUGCUGGUAGAGUUCUUCCAGCUCCUUAGAGACAACAUGGCUUGA